AUGCCUAGUAGUAAUUCGUGUGCAUUUAGUGAAAUAUGGCAACCAAGCACUGUAUCAAGUAUUUCUGCACAAAACUUUGCAUUACCGAUAAAUUCAAACGUUGGACUGACACAGAAUCAGCCAAAUUAUGGUUUACGAGAGCAAGUUACGUAUAAUCAGGAUACCUCUGCAUAUAACGAACCCCAGUUAUGUGUUUCAGAAGAGAAAUGCUUCGCUGGAAGGAUGUCUCACCGUCAGACUACACCAAUCGCUCAAAGUCCAAAAGCAAAAAAUGUAGAUGAAUGUUUAUUACCCCCUGACUCAAGAUCCAGCCCUUCUGGAGGAUGUAAAACAGAACAAGUUAACAAAAAACUUACUCCAAUACCUCCACCACUUCCUCCUCGAUUGAAUUCACGGAACCAGGCUGUAUCAACAACAAAUACUCGUUUCAAGCCGAUGGACCACGUUAUUGCUGUAUCCACUGCUAGUGGAACCCAUCCUACGCAGUCUUUACAAACCCACAAAAAGGAGAUUGCAAACCGACCUCAAUCGUUAAAUACAACUGUAAAUCGAAAGAACAACCGAACGACAAGUAAUUCAAAUAAAAAGGCAACAAGUUCCGUAGCUGUAAUAAGUUCCCCUGUAUUAAAUGUUUCAAAGGAAUUGGACGACAACGUGAAUACAACAAUAUGUGGAACAAAUGAAAUGAAUUCACCCUCAGAUACGCCUCCCAAGCUACCUCCACGUAUGGUUACCCCAAACAACAGUAGUCUGCUACCACCAAAGAAGCAUGAAGUUUCUGAAAAGCUUGGAAAAUGCAACACACCACAUCGAAAUACACCUACAGAACAGCAACAAGAAGUUAUGCCAUAUGAUUUUGAUAGUCGAUCAGUCAGUCCACUUGUAAACCAAUCAACUAAGGCAUUUUUUCUUGGUCCAGUUGAACUUAUUAACCCUAUAGUGAAGUCCGAACAUAAAGUAGCCGAGGACAAACUGAUUGAUGAUACGCCUAAAGCAUCCACACAAAUUCAAGAGCUUGAAUCAACAGAGGAUGCCGAUGACUCAGCUCAAGAACAAUACGCAUUCCGAAUGGUUAAACCUGUUAAUCCGGCAGUCUAUCGACGCUUUAUGGAACAAAGAAUGGCAGAUGUUGGUAAAAUACAUCGAGAGCGUAAAGAAAGACGGGAUCGUCUUGAGGCUGAAAUGUCUAAAGUUGGUUUGGACGAAACUGCUCGAGUUCAAAUGCGUUGUCUGCUUCGCAAGAAAGAAUCCAAUCAUAUGCGAAUGCAAAGAGCUAAAAUGGAUCAGUCGAUGUUCUAUAGAAUAAAACAUUUAGGUGUCGGGGCAUUUGGCAAGGUAUGGCUUGUACGUAAAAAGGAUAACAAUCAAUUAUACGCUAUGAAGUUACUGAAUAAAAGAGAUGUUGUGGAACGUCGACAGCUAGCGCACGUACAAGCUGAAAGAGAUAUUCUCGCUGAAGCAGACAACGAAUGGGUAGUCAAAUUGUUUUUCUCAUUUCAGGAUUCCCGUGCACUUUACUUAGUGAUGGAAUAUAUUCCUGGUGGUGAUAUGAUGUCGUUAUUAAUCAAAAAGGGUAUUUUUGAAGAACCAUUAGCUCGAUUUUAUAUUGCUGAGCUGACGUUAGCUCUCCAGAGUGUUCAUGCUAUGGGAUUCGUACAUCGCGAUAUCAAACCGGACAAUAUUCUUAUUAAUCGUGAAGGUCACAUCAAACUUACAGAUUUUGGCUUAUGUACUGGAUUUCGUUGGACACAUAGUUCAAAAUAUUGGGAUUUAGACUUUAGUAUACCAUGCUCUUCACCAAGUCGUAGCAGAAUAAGUCGAGCUAAGACAACUGAACCACCUGAAUCAAAUAAAACAAGUGAAGAACAAGUCACAAAAAACAGCAAAGAAUGUGAUGAAGAUGAUAUCACAGCCAUAGAAAAGGAAGAAAUUGGGACGCUUGAACAGGUGAGAAAUCUUCGUCAAACAAAUGGUAAGCCCUUCACAGCAAUAAGAGGAGUACACCACGAUAAAACUCUUGAAAGACGCAGAAACAGUUUUGCUAACCGUCGUUGUGCGCAAUCUUUGGUUGGGACACCUAACUACAUAGCACCCGAAAUAUUACGCAGGCAAGAUUACGGACAAGCAUGUGACUGGUGGUCAGUUGGCGUGAUUUUAUACGAAAUGCUUGUUGGACAGCCUCCUUUCUUAGCUCAAACAGCUGCCGAUACUCAGAUCCGUGUUGUUCAGUGGUAUAAAUACCUUAAAUUACCCGGUGAACCACGUUUAAAGCCAGAUGCAAGUAAUCUUAUACGCCAACUUCUCCGAGAUCCAGCUGAUCGUUUAUCCGACCCAGUGAAAAUAAAGUCUCAUCCUUUCUUUGAAUCUAUUGCUUGGGACAAACUUGUUCAUCAAACUCCUCCCUAUGUUCCAACAAUUCGUGAUGAGUUAGAUACAUCCAACUUCGAUCCUGUUGACGAUGAACGUACACUCAAUAGCAGUGAAAACAGUCAAGGCUUAGAUUGUUCUUCUUCCAGUAAUACUCAAUUACCAUUUCCGAAUUUUACAUUCAAACGAUUUUUCGACCGAGAUCCAACUUCUGUUCAAACCCCCUGA